GAUCGCGCGUAGAAGAAGGACUUCUUUGUCCACGUCGCGAGUUCGCUUCAGCUCGAUAUCGUGCGCUUCGCCUAGAGGAAGCGCGCGUUCCACAGAGAAUAAGAGGACAGUAUUGUCCUGCAAAAUUCUUUCAUGUUACAUGACGUUGUAUACUAGCUAUGAAGCAAUUGUUGUUCUCUUUGGCAUUUGUCCCAGGUCAUGCCGCGCGCGUAUUGCAUACAAAAGACUCGACGUCAUUCUACCAGGCACAAAGGAAGAUGUUUGACCGCCAGAUAUUAUCCAGGACUUUGCCCGGAUGUUCCACAGAAACUGGUGUUGUGAUACCUGGUGGCUUGCACAGGAUGUUGAUCUUCACCCGCAGACAUGCCUCGGCUCAUGCCUGACCGGUCUAUGGAGACAC